AUGGAUGACACAAUCGAGCUUACCUUUAAGUUACUAAAUGAAGAUAGCUUCAAACUCACACUCUCAUUGGACACGACAGUUGAAGACUUGAAAAAUCUGGUUCAUAUUGAAUCGGGGAUUGAGCCGGCAAAUCAACGCCUAAUACACCAGGGCCAACUGCUCAAAGAUAAUAAGAAAAUUCAUGACUAUCCCAUUGCCAACAACCAUACCAUCCACAUAGCAUCGGUUGAAGCUUCUCCCGGGACCAACAACCAAUCCAGUGCCAACAAUGCAACCAAUACUAACAAUAAUGCUGCUAAUCCUGGGAGUGGCGGGAAUCACUGGACCAAUACCUUCCCAUUCCUACUUGGUCAAAUGCAAGUUACCAGAUUAGGGACGGACCAGGGUGGAAACAGUGUUUCCUGGGAUAGUAACACCUCCUCGGGGGACAUCGAAGGUACAGCAUCGCAAAUUCUCAAUGGCGUAGUCAGUUCCAUACUUGGAAAUUUCGUGCCUGCUGCUACUAACCGACACGUAAAUCAACAACAAACUACACAACCUUCUGAUCAACGCGACUGUACUACUGCCGCUCAGGUGGUUAACGAGGAACAUGCAAAUGCUGCUGCAGUGGAACCGGAUGAGAUCACUGAUUUGCCUGAAAACUUGGAAAAUGAGGGGAGACAACCAAGAUUCGGUCAAAUGUUCAUGGGCCAAGUCAACGGCUUGCCUGUUACGGUACUAGGAGGUGUAGCCCCAGUAGCCGCCAAUUUAAAUUCUGUUGACACACAAAAUCUGUUUACUUCUAUUUUUGGUUCUCAAACGCGCAGAGCUACUAGACAAGCGGAUAAUGUCCAAAACCUCACCCAAGCGGAGCACAGCAUAAAUGUUACAGGAACUGAUUAUACGAAUCCGUCGGAAUAUCAUAACCAAAUAUCCACCACGCUAAGAGAUGCAAUCACUGCGCUUAGCAGUGCCAAAUCCAAAGUAGACGAUUUGUUGCCUUCCACAGCCACAGGAAAUAAUAACACAGGUGAAAAUGUGCAUAACAAUGGCUACACGCAAAGCAGUACAAUUUAUGUGGAUUCGAGAAGUCUAUCCCAGAGGUUGCCCUGGCAAACACUGGGCCAGUUAGUGGAGUUACUGGAGCUGGAAACGGGAUGGAGGUUGCCUACUUACUAUCAGUUGAAUGAAUCCCAAGGUACAGAUAAUAGGUGGGCCGCUCCCAACGUUCCAGACCCAAUGGCACUGUUUAUCAACAUAUUCCAGCAGUCUAUCAGCAUAUCCGUCACUGUACUAAACCACGUGGCUGAGUGGCAAAAGAGCUCUUCAAGACUCGAUGCCCCUACUUUAGCUAGAUCAGCGGCAAUUUGUGGAUUGCUUGCUUCCAUAAAUGGCAAUUUAUCAUCAUUUUUGGCUUGGCUACUCAAUAUCAUGUCCAGAUCCGUUGAGCCAUCGGUCCUAACCAAUGCCAUGGCUUGGUCUGAGGCUGGAGCUCAGCCCUCAGCUCCAGUUACGGACAACGCUGAGACAGGAAGUUCCGUUAAUGCUAGUGCUAACGGUCCAAUUGAAAUGCCUAUUGCUCAAAGCAAUUUAUCUAAUGGAAGUGACGCUAACACAGCAAGUUCUGUAAUAGAAUUUAGGGGAGUAGCUGGUUCAAGGCAUCGUGCUUGGACCCAAUCUGUAGGAAAUUUUACUAAGCAGUUGAUUAAAAUAUCCGAGUACAAGAACAAUUUUUCUGAAGUUUACCGUAGCAGUGGAUCAGAGUCAUUUUUAUCUAAUAUUUGA